AUGUCCGAUAUAACUGUGCAAUUUAAAACUAUUGUCAAUGAUAUAGAAAUUAAAUCGAAUAUAGAUGCUGGCUUUCGCACAUCAACUAUCUCAAAUUUGGAAAAAUAUCAAGUUACGGAUACUUUUAAAAAAGAAUGCUUGGAACUUUGGAAACAUAUUGCUGAAAUGCGAAUAUUGGUUAAAGAAAUCAAACCAUUAUAUUUCGAUGAGUCUAAUAUAGAAAUGUCUUUAGAAGAAAAAGAUCAAUUUGACAAUGACUUUAGAUUUCAAUUGCAACAAUAUUUGGAAAAACUCAAAUUUUUGGAAAAAUACGAAAAUAAUAGAUCUGCGCAGGUUUUAUCCUCAAUAAAUAGUACGCACAAUCCCUUGUUGAACAUUAUCUCUAAUCUAACUAAUAGUACCCAAGCAAAAGAAUCAAGUGUACGUUUGCCACCGGAAGCUCAAAUUACAAUUAUUCAACAUAGGUCUGGAAUGUUGCAAUUUCUAAAUAUACAACUAAGCGACUUGAGCAAACGUUUUAGUAAUCUACAAGAAGCAAGGAUUGUUAGACAGCGUGAAUUGAAAUCUGUUGAUUUUCAGGAGGCUAGAAAACGUAUAUUGUCUACAAAUAGUAAUACUAAUAUGGAUAUAGUUAAGUCGGGGGAAAGUUUAGAAUCUGAUCAUUCUAUCGAAAUACAUGUUUCCCCAAUUGUGGAAACAACUAAAGAUGAGGUCCAGGAAUACGAAACUGUUGUUAAAAGCCUAAAUCAAAAGCAGUUACAAAUAUUGGAGAGUGAACACGAAGAUUUAAUUAAUUAUAAAAAUCAGCAACUACACGAUUCAGAAAAUAUAAAUCAAACGGUUGUGGAGAUUGCUGCCCUACAGAACGAGCUCGCAAUGCAUUUGCAAUCUCAAAAUGAUACCAUAAACAGAAUUUUGGAUAAUCAUGAAACCAUAAAUCUUGAUAUUCAACAGGCAAACAAACAAUUAAAAGGUGCAAGUAAACGUGGUGGAAACACAGCUAACAUGAUUUCAUUGUUAGCCAUUGUUUUUGGAGUGAUAAUAUUGUUAUUAGAUCGUAUAAAUUAA